AUGAGUCGGGAUAUUCGUCCAAAUCGACCAGGCGCAGGCGCCUUUCCCUCAAAAGCUCCCUCGAGAUUUGAAGAAUACGACGACGAAUAUCCUUCAAGAAACAGAUACCAUGCAGACGACUAUCCUGCGCCCUCUGGACGCUCCUCGGACGCCCGGAGAGGCCCCGUAAACAACGGCCGGUACGAUCAGACGACCUCUGGCUCGUCUGCUGGGUCGACACUGCUGGAGCGCAUGAAGAAUAAGAACCAUGACUAUUCCGGCCGAGGAGUUGCAGACGAUGAAUACGAUUCCCCACGGGAGCAAAAGGCCACCUGGGCGCGAAAUACGGGCGCAUCCAGUCUACGCACGCAACGAGCGGACAGACAAGCUCCUCGGGAUGAAUCACGCGUAGCAAAUGACCCCGGAUCCGCUGGAAACACGCUCUGGGGCAGAGUCGUCUCUGCUGCUGGAUCUCUCACAAUCAACGUCAGCAAAGCGUGGGAUAGCAACGCCCACGACGGUCCCGAAACGCCUCCAGGUGGCGAAACACGACUCACAAAAGUGAUGAAAGAGUAUUAUUUGCAACGUGCGAGAGCACCGGUCGACUUGCCUCACUGGCUCUUUGAAGAACACGAGCGUAUGCCCACUCGGCCACCUCCGAGAGAGAAAAUCGCGCAGAACGGGGGUCGUUCAGAUAGAGGACGAUACGACGAAGACUAUGGAGAUGAAUACGCUCGCCCGCAGCAACCGCCACAACAAAGUCGGGGAGCGUUGAGGGAUGUCUAUGAAAAGGCAGCAUCUAAACCGGCAUCAACACGCUCUACACCAGCUUCUUCGGCUUAUGAUUCGACGGCGUCUACCGGAGAGUCAAAGGCGGCGUCGCGCUUGCGGGCCAUGCGCGAAGCCAAGAGGGGCAAUAUUUCGGGUGCGUCUGCGUAUACCCCGAGCAAGUAUGAUGUGGAUUACGACGAUGGAGGUGCUGCAGAACCUCCUCGACAGAGUGGGGGUAAUCGCUCACGAUGGUAG